AUGGAAAUUCGUAAAAGUAUUGAGGCUAACUUUCUUACCUGUAAACACUGUCAUCAACCGUACAAGCAGCCUAAAGCUUUAGUCUGCUUACAUUCAUUUUGUCAGUCAUGCCUAGAGGAUAUUAUUUCAAAGCGCAAAGCAAACGAGGAAGCUAAAGAAAUUGAAGCACUGAAACUUUUGUACAAAUCCUCAAAUACUAGCGAGUAUGCAUCUGGUUAUCGUCGUAAAUGGUCAUCACGUUUUCGCUAUGGAGACUAUUCUUCAUCUUUGUAUACAUCCUCGCGUUACAAUCGUCCAGUUUCAACAAAAGACGACGUAAUCACCUGUCCAAUUUGUAACAAGGAUACUAUUGUACCAAGUGGUGGAGUAACGAGUUUACCAGCAGAUCAACUGGCCGAUAAACUUGCUUCUAUGGUAGAUCGUAUGCCUAAUUUUCCUGUUUGUGAUGUUUGUACCAAAGAACCACUGCUAACAGACUCACAUUUGAAUGGAAUCAAGUCUUCACAAUCUAGUUUAUCAACACGGUUUAAACAAUCACGAUAUACGGACUUUAACAGAUAUGUCAGCAAUGAUGAUACAUUCAGCGAAUAUGAUAGCGACGCUGAAGACGAAGGAGUUUCUCUGGACAAACUGAGUAUGCAGGAUAGCGUAGAUAAUUCAGAGGCACUAAGUCCUCAAACAACAAGAGCAUCAACUCAUCAUCAUAAGGACAGAGACCAAAAGCACUUACGCAAAUCACUAACAUCGAGUCGUAGGCGCGAUGAUUCAUUUGGUCCGAAACCAGCUAGUGCAGCAUGUUUAGAAUGCGGCAAACGCUUAUGCGCUUACUGCCAAGAAGCUCAUUCUAGAAUGCCAGUUACUGCUAGUCAUGUACUAAUACAAGUAGAACAAAUGGAACAGCUUCGCUGUGAUCGACAUCCUCGUGAGUUGAGACGAUUUUUUUGUUUAACCUGUCGUGCGUAUAUUUGUAUAAUAUGUGCUUUCGAAACACCUAAUGAUAACAUGCCAUCAUCGAAAGAGAAAAUGCUAUGUACUGGUCAUGCUGAUCAUGACAUAUUAUCAAUGCGACAGGCUGUUGCUGCUUACCAGGAUCAGCUGAAUCUGAAAAGUGCUGAAACUCAGUCACAUAUGAGUCAGAUUGAAGUUUUCCUAACUGGACUACAAAUAUGUGAAAACGAAAUGCGUCAGUUGCGUACGAUGAUCGAAGAUACAGCAAUGGCCUAUAUCGAUCGCAUUCAUUUGCAAAGAGCAAAAUUAUGCGAACAAGUUGAUAAAUUGGUCGGUAUUGAAUUAGAUCAGAUAACAACAGAAUGUAAUCGAUUAACAAAUGCUACAGCAGCAUGGUAUAAUUUUAUCAAUGAUGACUGUGUAACUAGCCGAUUAGAUCUUCUGGAUCCCAUUGAAGCAUUAACUGAAGCAGGACCAAUUCUUGAUCGAUUGAACCGUUGUUUACAACUAGCAUCUAGUUCGAUGUUAACCAGUCCUGAAUGGCAGCUGUUUUUGUCACAGCUAACAAUAGCAGAAAAAGCUGUUCAAAGUACACAGAAAACUUCAUAUUCUUUGGAAGACAGGAAUGGUGACACUGAUAAAAGUGAAAACAGCAGUGAUGAAAAAGAUCUGUUGAUUGAAGAUCCACGUAUCGAAUUUUGGCGUUCCAGAAUAGGUCAUUUUCAAUCAGGUGAAGUGAAUUUAGGCAGAAUAGUUACUCCAAGUCAAUUGGCUGCUGAAGCAAAAGUCAAGGCGGCGCAAUUUGUCAGUACACAUGUUCAAACAGGUACACUCCUUCAUCGGGCUAUUCAAGUUGAUCUCCUAAGUGCUAACUUAGACGACAGAGGAACUCAAACAGAAACACCAACUACAUCAAAUGUAUUUCACUUUAAAGUUGAUGUUGGUACACAGUAUUUAAGUUCAGACGUCAAUCCACCUGUUAGUAUUUAUCGUUCAAUCAAACAAAUUCUAGUUCAAAAGUGA